AUGACAAAUAAUACAAAAUUAGAAGAUACGUUCAUUGAAUCAGGCAAAGAGGAUUAAGGAGAACUAUCUUAUAUAAUACAAAAUAUCUGUUCUAAAUAAACUUCUAUAAUUUUGCUAGAGCCUAUUAUAUCAGAUGAAACAUAUCUAUAAAAGGAUAUAAUUGCUUAGCUAGGAAGUUUAAUAGCCGAAUAUACAGAAUUCCUUUUAUUUGAAUAUAAUUCUAGAAUCCCAGAAGAUAAUAUAUGUAUAAUCAAAAAUAAGAAUUAAAAUUAUCAAUCAACAAUGAGGGAAGAAUUGAUGAAAAGUGUAAAACAAAAAAGUUUUGGAAUUUUUCUUAAAUUUAAUUGCUCAAUAAAUAAUGAAAGACUAAAUCAGAAAAUAAAGAUUGGAAAGAAUUUAAUCAAUUUUUUAAAAAAAUAAUUAAAAAAUAAUCUUGUCGAAUCUACAGGUUAAUGGUUAAAUAUAUUCAUGAAUAAAUUGAAGGAUUAUUAACAAUACUAAAUUAGAACUUGA